AUGAGUAGAGCAAAGCCUCUGUCGAUCGAGGAAAAAACCAAGAGAAUACUGACUCUUAUGCAGGACAAAGACACGAUAUUCGGGCUUAAGGACCUUGAACGAAUAUCUCUGAAAGAGAAGGGGGUGGUCUCGCAGAGCAUCAAGGAGAUAUUGGACAUUCUUGUAUCUGAGAACAGAGCAAAGGAGAAAAAAGUAGGCGCUUCCAAGUACUACUGGAGCUUUCGCUCAGACAUAAAGCUGCAGAAGAAGGCGGAGGCAAGGAAGCUGCGCACUGAAAACGAAAAGCUAAAAGGCGCAGAGGCGCUCCUUCUUGAAGAAAUCAGCACCCACACAGAAAGCCGCUCCACGCUCGCAGACCGAGAGGAAAGGCUGAAGGAGCUUAGCGCAAAAAAGGUCCGGCAGAAGGAGGCCGAGCAGAAGAUAAAAGUAAUAGAGGAAAACGACCCAGAACGGCUGGAGGCCAUGAAGGCGGAGCUGGGCGCGCUAAAGACGGAGCUUUCCGAGUGGGGCGACGCGUUCAACGUGCUGAUGUCCUACGUGCGAGAAAAAUACAACAUGACACAGAAAGAGUUUUGCAGCGCGUUUUCCAUAACAGCCGCGGACAUGGAAAAAAUAGAGGAUCUGUAG